AUGGAGGUUAGGAAUAACGUGACUGAGUUUGUCCUCCUCGGGCUCACACAGAACCCAAAACUUCAGAACAUCGUAUUUGUUGUGUUUUUGGUCAUCUACAUCAUCUCUGUACUUGGAAAUGUGCUUAUUGUGGUCACCAUCACUAGCAGUCCAUUGUUGGGGUGCCCUAUGUACUUCUUCUUGGCCUAUCUCUCCUUUAUUGAUGCCUGCUACUCCUCUGUAAGUACCCCUAAAUUGAUUAUAGACUCACUCAGUGAAAAGAAGAUCAUCCCAUUCAAUGAAUGCAUAACCCAAGUCUUUGGAGUACAUUUCUUUGGAGGUGCUGAGGUCAUUCUACUAACUGUGAUGGCUUAUGACCGCUAUGUGGCCAUCUGCAAACCCUUACACUAUACAACCAUCAUGAGACAGCAUGUAUGUUGCUUGUUAAUGGGAGUGUCAUGGACAGGAGGCUUUCUUCAUGGAAUCAUACAGAUCCUCUUCAUUAUUGAUUUACCUUUCUGUGGCCCUAAUGUCAUAGAUCACUUUAUGUGUGAUCUAAACCCUUUGCUCAAUCUUGUCUGCACUGAUACCCAUACUCUGGGGCUCUUUGUUGUUGCCAACAGUGGAUUCAUCUGCCUGUUAAACUUCCUUCUUCUGCUGGGCUCCUACAUGGUCAUCCUGCGCUCUCUAAGAAACCACAGUGCAGAGGGGAGACACAAAGCCCUCUCCACCUGUGUCUCCCACAUCACUGUGGUUGUCUUAUAUUUUGCCCCUUGUACAUUUGUAUACAUGAGACCUGCAGCUACUUUACCCAUUGAUAAGACAGUUGCUGUGUUCUACACUAUGAUAACUCCUGUGUUAAACCCUUUAAUCUAUACCUUGAGAAAUGAUCAAAUGAAAAGCACUAUUAUAAAAAUGUUUAGUAAGAAAAUUCUUGCAGGAGACAAGUAA